AUGAACAUAAGCAGCCUGCUGCAGUUUGAGUCGAUGCAUUAUCAGGGAGCACAGACGCAAUCGAUGAUCAUAAAUCGUUUUGUGGCCAAUUCGUUGCGUGUGUUCAUUGAGGAUUUCUAUCAGCGCGUUGCGCCAUCAUUCAUGCUAAUCAUCUCGUGCCGUCGUCCCAGCCCGAUGAACUUCUAUCGCAACAUCAUGCAGCUGCUGUACGAGAGUGUGGACACAAUGAUUCUACAGCUGGUCCAUCACAAUCACAGUCAACCGCAACGCUUGGCAGGAUCAGGAUCACGUUUGCACAAUCUCCUGCUGGUGGACUCGCUGCAGGCAUUGCUGGAUAUUGAGAUCCACACGUACAGGACACAAACUGACGCUAGCAGGUAUUACUUCAUCUUUCUGCAGCAGAGGGAUGCACUCAUUCCGAGCGAUAUGCAGGGCGUAUUUGAUUAUUGCUGGCGCCAUCAGAUCAUCAAUUGCAAUGUGAUGACCCAGAGUUCCCUGGGCGAGGUCAUUAUGCACACAUAUUUCCCAUAUGAAGAGUCCCAUUGCGGCCUUGUGAUUUUCAAGCAGAUUAAUAAGUUUCUGGGCAAGACCUGGCAACAUCCCGACUACUUUCCAGCCAAGCUUCACAAUCUGCAUCGGUGCCCACUCCAUGUGCUGCUGCGUCCCGUGUCGCCCUUCCUCAGUCUGUCUGGACGUGUGCCAGGCCUGGAGGAUCGCUUGCUCCAAGAGCUGUCCAGGCGCAUGAAUUUCAUGAUACGCCUCGUGGAGCAAAACCAGAGUGUCCUCUGGACGGAGCAACAGGUGCUGCAGCUGCUGCAGCAGCAAAGAGCUCACCUGGCCAUUGGUUAUAUGCGCAAGCGGGUGGAGCAUAUCACCAACCUGACCGCAGUCUUUCCACAUUACUCCAGCCGGCUGGUCAGCUGCCUGCUCCUCAAUAGCUACAAUUUGACCAGCUUUGAUAUACUGCGAUUUCCAUUCCAGACCAUCACCUGGCUGUGCCAGGUGAUGUACGUCAAUUGGCUGGGCUUCACGCUGCUUAUACGAGCCAUGUACUCGGCCCUGUUCUACCACAUGCUGCGCCAGCAAGUGCACCAGAGAUUACCGCGCACCUUGCAGGAGCUGGCGGAGGGCAGCUAUACGGCGGUGAUGAAUCGCAUCACGGCCCAGGAUGUGCGUGGGGUGAGCAGCCUGCAGUCGCUCCUCACCAAUACGCGCACCAUCAUCAUAACAACGGAAUUGGAACGCGAUGUCCUCGAGGAUAUGGAAUUGCGAUCACACCAAUACGGUUCUCCAUAUCAGCGUGUAUUUGGCGUUCUGUCGCAUCAGACGCUGCUGCAUGUGACAGAGCUGGCACACAAGCCAGGCGCCUACUAUGUGCUGCCCGAGCAUAUACUGGAUCAGCAGCUGGCCAUCUACCUGCAAAAGGAUUCGCAUUUGCUGCAGCAAUUCGAUGAGCUGAUCCUGUCCAUACAGGCGGUGGGCCUCAUCAACUACUGGGCGGGCCAAUUGGGCAGCGAGCGUUACUUUCGCAGCACCUUCAUGUACGGAGAGCGGCGACUGCGUCAGCCCGAUCUCUGGGCCAUCUACGUCAUUGCCGGCGUCCUCUAUGCACUCGCCACUCUCGUUUUCCUCUUCGAGCUGCUCUCAGCGCGUCGUUGGCGCCGUUCCAAUUAGUUCAAAUACAUCAUGCAUUUCUAAUGCUCCAUUCCAUUUAUUGUGCAUCAUCAAAUCAUCAAAUACUCAAUGAAAUUCUAGAAAACAAAUAAAAGAAACACUUGAAAGCUC